UGGGUGCUGCUCCUCAAUUUCUCGGACGUCUCAAGCAGAGCGACAAAACUCGCCUACAAAAGUACUCCACCAGUCGAUCCACACGUUCUCCCCUCUUCCCAUCUCACAAGCUUAGUUGCUGUAGCUGUCAUGGCCAGGGAUCUCGCCUUCGUCCUCUUCAUCCUUGUCGCGCAAGCCGCCUUCUCGUCGGCGACCAAGCUGACCAUCCACAACCUCUGCCCGCACCCGGUCUGGCCGCUCGUCACCCCCAACGCCGGCCUUCCCUCCAUCUCCGACAACGUCGCGCGCCUCGACACCAACGCGAUUCUCUCCCUCACCUUCCCGUCCACCUUUUGGGCCGGCCGAGUCGCAGCCCGCACUGGCUGCGACGACGGCACGUCGCCGCCGCGCGGGUGCUUCACGGGCGAUGCGCCGCCGUCCACCGUCGCGCAGAUCACGGUCCACGACAGCGGGAACCUGGACCUCUCCGCGUACAGCGUGAGCCUCGUCGACGGGUUCAACGUGCCGAUGGUAUUGAGCCCGCAGGCCAUCGGCGGCGGGCAGUGUCCGGCGCUCGGCUGCACCGUGGACCUGAACUGCGACUGCCCUCCGGACAACCGCGCCGCCGAAGGCACCGCGUGCCGCGGGCCCGCGGAGUACUUCAAGAACCGUUGCCCGCUCACCAGGACGACGCCGACCGAUGUGGAGCCCGUGCCGCAGAGCUGCCGCGCGCCCGGGGAGCUCAAGAUCGUCCUUUGCCCGUCGUCCAUGCUCCAGUGCCGUGCCGCGGCGCCGGAGGGAGCCGACAUGGCCAUCGGCACUGUCGUCGCCGACAACUAGAGCCCGGAGCUCCGUGUCGUCCUUCUCGCUUUGCCGUACUUCUGCGCCAUGGACGAUCCAUGUGUAUGUUUUAAUUAAGAUAAGAGUUCGUGAGCGAUAAUUAAGUGGCCGGUUUUCAAACAAAUGUUGCAGUUAAAUGUUUGUGUUGAGACCUUACGUCUCGUCAUCUGUAGCCCCGGGGUGUAGCUUGUACUGAGCUAAGCCAUCCGAGUGCAAGGAAAAUAAUGUGAGUGAUAUUCUUCUUUUAA